AAUCAUUUGUGUGAAAUUCCGACAAGUAAGAAGAAGCCCAGGGAAGCUAAUAAGAUGAAGUUGAAUUAUAUUAUUUUAGUUACAAUAAUAGUUGUGGCGACAUUUUGCUCAUCCGCUAAUGCAACUUCAAUAUGUGGAGAUCCGCAAUCCGAAAAAGACGUUCGUCUUGCGACCAAAGAAAUUGUGAAACGUUUGAUGGCAAGGCGAAAAUCUGAUUGGACAUGGGAUGCGGUUACAACGCCUAUUGUCUUCCAAGUUAGUGUUCCAAAAAUGUUUUUCGGUCGUCAAAAAACAGCAAGAUCUAUUGUGGGAAAAAUGAAGAAGAACUUUCACAGAAUGACGUUGAGACAAAAAGCAGAGAACAUUAUUGCUAUAAAAUCUUUGUGCAUGAAUGAAAGAGACGUCGGAGGAAUAGAUCCUGUGAAAAACGUAUCGGAAGAACUAAAACUACAAUUUCCGAAUAACACUCGUUUUCCAGCGAUCGGAUACGGAAUGUUUUCCAUUGGGAUUGGUUCGGUAUGUGUUAGUGGAUAUCCGAUUGAAAAUUGGUUGUUUGAAAAAUUCAUAUCUGGACAAAAUGAAGACGGAAGUUUCGGAGAUUCAAAUUAUCUUAUGAAUACCAUAAGGUUACUUGCUCCUACCCAUUGCCUGCGCCUGAUGAAAAAUCCUGCUUACAACGCGACAAAACUCGAUAAUGUGCUUUUAAAAAUGAGAGAUUACAUAAUGAAAAACAUGAUUACCACUCGUGCUGGGGAAGUGUACAUUGAGAACAAAAGUUUAACUUCACAUACGCUACUUAGUUUAUGGAAAACAAGAAAUGAAGGAGAAAACCCCGAUAAAUGGCGUUGCAGGGAGCUAUCAAAAACGUUAGGAAUAUAUCCAGACCCGGACGAAACUUUGUCUCAGUUGACUUCUCGUUUGAUGCGUCUUCAUGGGGCUGCAUACCUGGAUGUCGGAUCGCCGCAAUUCACCUGUCAAAAACCAGAUCCCGUACCAAAAGGUUACGUUCCUUCAUGUAAGCCACACAAGCCAUGGACCUGCAAAUCGAAGAAUCCAAAGUAACAGGAAUUUGCAGAAUAAAUAAAUCAGUAUUCGAACGAGUUAAAAAAGAACAUUCCUCUAUUUUUAUUAUGGAUUUUCAUCAAUUUCGUCGUGACAAAUCUUUCCAUUAGAUUUUGUAAAUAUGAAAAAUUUCAAGCACUUCAUUAUGCUCUCCCACACAUAAAAAAUGAAAAGUGACAAAAUCAAGAUUCACGUUUUAUUUUCCGUGUGCUGUCAUAUUUUAUGACUAAAGUUAUUUUGUUUUGUGCUUGUAUUUUCUGUAGUGUAUCAAUAAAUAUUUUCAUCCUAAUAGUUUAA